AUGCAGACUCUCUCCGCUGGUCAUCAACGCCGCCAUUGUUUCCUCGACCAGCCGCAAUGGGAGAGCACAAGAUGCCUCCCCGAAGGUGAAACCCCAGAUAAGAUCGACAUCCUGUACGACAUCUUCGCCCAGCCGCCUGGGAUCAUCGCGGACUACGACGAUAUACGGAAAGCAAGUGUACCGGACCCUGUUGCAUUUGAAGUUUUGCGAAACAGGACACAAUCGCUUAUCGAAAAGUUGCAUGAAUGGUACUGCGACAUGCCGUGGGUAUGUACUACCGAUCCAGUCAUGAGAGAGUCCAGCGGUAUCCCUCUUCCGGAUGACCCCAUGGAAUGUGUAGCUCUCGCAAUCAGCUACGCCAUGCUUUUAUGUCUUGUCCAGCCUUGCGAAUACCUGGGUAUCUCACUAUUUUCGGAGAACAGUAUGGAGAAGACAAACAAAAUUGAUCAGGACUCAAAAAACAAGUUCUUGGCUCUGGAGAUCUGUCGCUUGGCAAACUGGGCACUUCGUGGUCAAGCUUCGGCCAGCUACGCCUUGCUGUUGGUUUAUCCACUUCAGAUAGCAUGGUUCUGCGUGCAAAAUAGUGAGGAGGAUCUCCGCAAUGUUAGAGUCAUAAUGAACUCGGUUGUUGCGGACUCGUAUGGUUUUGAGUUGGGGAGGUUGAGGCACUGGGAUGAGAAUAGUCUGGAUCAAGGCCGGUAUGGCUUUCUGUAUUAA